GAAGUCAUUCCGUGAAAGUGCCGUGUUGAAUACUAUUUUUACUGUGUAAAAUGGGUAUCGACAUCAAUCACAAGUGGGACCGCAAGGUUCGUCGUACGAAGCCGAAAUCGUUGGACGUGUACCUUCGGCUGCUGGUGAAGCUUUACCGCUUCCUGUACCGUCGUACACACAAAAAGUUCAACAAGGUCAUCAUGCGCCGUCUGUUUAUGAGCAGAACGAACCGACCACCAAUUUCGUUGGGUCGCGUUUCCCAGCUGAUGAAGCAUCGUGGCAAGGAUGAGAAAUCGGUCGCCGUUGUGGUCGGCACCGUGACGAAUGACAUCCGCAAGCUGACAGUGCCGAAGCUGAACGUGUGUGCUCUGCGCGUGACGGAGAAGGCCCGUGAGCGCAUCCUCGCGGCCGGUGGCAAGAUCCUAACGUUCGAUCAGCUUGCCCUGAUGGCCCCGACCGGAAAGAAUACGGUGCUGAUGCAAGGCAAGCGCACGGCCCGCGAAGCAUGCACUCACUUCGGACGGGCUCCCGGUGUGCCGCACUCCAACACCCGCCCGUACGUGCUGUCCAAGGGCCGCAAGUUUGAGAAGGCUCGUGGUCGCCGUAGCAGCUGCGGUUACAGGAACUAAGCAACCCGGCAAAGAUUGCACUUUCGGCGGCAGAGAACAACAACAACAUCUGGAAAAAGAAGUGCUCGUGUUCUUUUGGUGUAUCCGAUGAACGAAGGCGAAAUACAAGGAAGGAAACUAUUCCAAACGA